AUGGACGAGGUUAUCGCUCGCACAGUGGACUCGUGCACAGGUUGUCAACUAGUGAGCCUGCCUGAUCGCCCAGAACCUAUGAGAAGGAAGAAAUUACCUGUUACGCCGCGGACGGAUGUCGCUAUAGACUUUUUAAGUCCGUUACCAUCGGGGGAUUACUUGUUAGUAAUUGUAGACUACUUUAGCCGUUACAAAGAAAUAGAAGUUCCUCGUAAGAUAACGGCGAGUGAAACGUCUGAACGUUUAGAGCGGAUUUUUGUUAGAUUAGGAUAUCCACAAACCAUCACACUGGUCUACGGUCGUCAGUUCAUAAGCACCGAGUUUGAAACAUACUGUAAGCGCCGAGGCAUACAUCUUAAUAAUACCACACCAUACUGGCCACAAGAAAACGGCUUAGUCGAGCGCCAGAAUCGGUCACUAGUCAAAAGACUUAAGAUCAGUCAGGCUUUGGAAACAUGA